AUGUCGUCCACACCAUUCAGGAAAUCCAGACAUUCGCUCGAGACGUUCGACAAGCUCUUCGAGCGCGCCUUUGCGCCGCGCAACACCCUGGAUCUGACACCGCUAUCGCUGACGGACGACGUCAAGCGGCCGACGGUCCUGGGACCGUCGCCGCCGUCGCCGGACCGGACCCAGUUCUACUCGCCCGUGUUGUCCGAGUUCCCCAUCGACUCGCACGAGGACUCGCUAGACUCGAUCUGGGACGAGGUGCGGCACGCGAAGGAGGUCGAGCUCGCGUCGUCGCCGUCGAAGGUCAAGUCGCUCGACGGGGCGGUGACGUCUGGGUCGUCGCAGUCGCCCACCCUGAGGCCGGCGUCGGGCCAGCAGUCGCCGGGACGGAAGCGUGUGGCGAAGAAACGGUCGAGGUAG